ACUGCACAUUCAAUUUGAGAGAUACAUUUGAUUGCAGCAUAAAAUGACGAAGUGAAUAAUUUAUAAUGUGUACUUUAAAAGUAAUAUUCGUGUGCUGUAUAUUAAUUAUGUACGAUAUAAAUAUUGCAAAUAGUUUCCCUAGUUUUUCGAUCGAUGGAAAAGACUACCCAUUCUCGUUCUACUCCCGAGCUGAUUGGAACGCAGAUCCGUCCACAGAUGUGAGGCCACUGAUAACGCCCGCCCCGUACGUUGUCAUUCAUCAUACGUACGAGCCACCGGCGUGUAACGAUACGGCACAGUGCGAGGCUGCUAUGAAAUCUAUGCAGGACUAUCACAAAAGCCUGGAUUGGGGAGAUAUUGGGUACAAUUUCUGCGUGGGCAGUGAGGGCGGAGCAUAUGAGGGACGAGGAUGGGAGGUGGUCGGAAUACAUGCGGGAAAAGCCAACAGUAUAAGCAUAGGAAUAUGCUUGAUCGGUGAUUGGAGAGAGCAACUUCCUCCUGUACAACAAUUGGAAACAACGAAAGCUCUCAUCGAGGAGGGAGUAAAGCGUGGCUUCAUUAGCUCCGACUAUAAACUGAUAGGCCACAGACAAGCCCUCCCAACAGAAUGUCCUGGGACUGCACUCUUCAAUCAUAUUUCCACGUGGGAUCAUUUUGUUUCACAAUUCGAACCGCCUCUUACGAAAAAAAUUUAAAUUUAGUAUCGUAAAAUUUUUCUUUGUUGUAAAUUAAUAAAAAAAAUUAUUGAGCCCGCCCUUUCUUUGUGGCGGAAUAUAUGGUAUACUCAGAUUUUAAUAAUUUUAAUAUUUUAAUUUAUUUAUUGUAUUAAUUUAUUGUAUUUAAUUUUAAUAUUUUUAUUGUAUUAUUAUAAUACAAUUAUUUCUUAAAUAUGUUAACCGCUAAGAAAACAACUGAAAAAGACGUCGCGCUAAUGACAAACACUGUCCAUCUUCUUUAUUCUUCCUUCUUUAAUAGCUCUAAGUUUUCUGAGCGUAUAUCUUUUACUAUUAAAAAAAAAAAAAAAAAAACAUUAGUCGCCUUAUCAUAAUUUUUCCGUAUCAAAACGAAAUGUAUUAUUUUUAGUUUUUAAAUCUGCAUAAAUCUAGUUUAUACUUACGUAAAUCUGAUGUGUUUAUAGACUGAUUCAUUUCUAAAAUGAAAUGAAAUAUUUAUUUGUUUAGAAUAAUGAGACUAAUUAUUAAAUCUGAUAUUAAAAUAUA